ACGCCGCGGCCCCGCCUUCCCUCCUCGCAUCCUGGGCGCGAUGAGAGGGGGAGAUGGACCCAAGCCGGCGGGACUGGCACCAUGACAUUCGCCGGCUUCGUGGUGGCGCUGGUGAUAGGGGCGAUCCCCGGAGCCCGCGGGCCGGGGCAGGUCUCCGCCAGCCUCCCGGCCGCCCGCGCCCCGCAGCCCCCCGCCGGCUGCCCCGCCGGGGGCUUCCCCGCGGCCCAGCGCCCCUGGGCACCGGCGGCGCCCCCUCUGCCGCGCCGGGGGGCGGCGGGCCGGGCGCCGCGGGGCCGCCGCAGCUCCUGCGCCCUACCCGGCGGCGGCGAGGGGCGACCCGGCUGCGCCCCCGGAGCCGGCCGGGGCGCGGCGGAGCGCGGCCGCGCUGACUGCGAGCGAGGGUCAGUGAGACUCCAGGGAGGCAAGAAUGAGUUUGAAGGUACAGUGGAGGUUUAUUUGAAUGGAAUCUGGGGAACAAUCUGUGGGAGCCAUUGGGACAAUAAUGACGCGACAGUUGUAUGUCGACAGCUUGCACUUGGGGAAAAAGGUACAGCAAAACACAUACCCUUUUCUGGAUUAGGCCUUAUUCCUGUUUUCUGGAGUGACGUGCGUUGUCGUGGUGAUGAAGAAAAUAUACUGUUAUGUGAAAAAGACACCUGGCAAGAUGGGACAUGUCCUCAAAAAAUGGCAGCUGCUGUCACAUGUAGCUCCUCCCUGGGCCCUGUCUUCACUCCGAUCCGGCUGGCUGGUGGGAGCAAUGCCCACGAAGGAAGAGUGGAAGUUUACCACGGUGGCCAGUGGGGCACAGUCUGUGAUGACCAGUGGGAUGAUGCAGAUGCUGAAGUUGUCUGUCGGCAGCUUGGCCUUGGGGGUGUUGCCAAGGCGUGGAGCCAGGCUUACUUUGGAGAAGGCUCUGGCCCCGUGCUGCUGGAUGAAGUACAGUGCACGGGAAAUGAACUCUCGAUAGAACAGUGCCCAAAAAGCUCCUGGCGAGAACACAACUGUGGCCACAAAGAAGAUGCUGGCGUUUCCUGCACACCUCUCACAGACGGUGCACUGCGGCUCGCAGGCGGGAGGGGCAGUCACGAGGGCCGCCUGGAGGUCUAUCACACAGGCCAGUGGGGCACGGUCUGUGACGACGGCUGGACGGAGCUCAACACGCAGGUGGUUUGCUGGCAGCUGGGAUUUAAGUAUGGAAAAACUGCAGGUAUGGAAAAAGAGAACUACUCAGAAGGAAGCUCCGGGCCCAUCUGGCUGGACGAUGUGAUCUGCUCUGGGAAGGAGACAAACCUCCUGCAGUGCUCCCGACGGGAGUGGGGGAAGCACGACUGCAACCAUCAGGAGGACGUCAGACUCAUCUGCCACCCAGAAAACGACAGCCACAAGCGCUCACUUGGUCCUCCCAUCAGGCUGAUGGAUGGUGAGAAUAAGAAGGAAGGACGUGUGGAGAUUUUUAUCAAUGGCCAGUGGGGCACAAUUUGUGAUGAUGGAUGGUCUGAUAAGGAUGCAGCUGUAGUCUGCCGACAGCUUGGCUACAAAGGUCCAGCUAGAGCAAGGACAAUGGCCUAUUUCGGUGAGGGCAAAGGCCCCAUCCAUGUGGAUAACGUCAAGUGUACAGGAAAUGAGAGAUCCUUGGCAGACUGCAUUAAGCAGGACAUUGGGAUGCACAACUGCCGGCACAGCGAGGAUGCAGGGGUCAUCUGUGACCACCCGAGCAAGAAAGUCCCUGGGAACAGCAAUAAAGAUUCUCUCGCUUCUGUUUGUGGGCUGAGGUUACUCCAUCGUCGACAAAAGCGAAUAAUUGGUGGGAAAAAUUCUUUACGGGGCGGCUGGCCGUGGCAGGUGGCACUGCGCCUGAAAUCCUCUCAUGGUGACGGGAGACUCCUGUGUGGUGCUACUCUCAUCAGCAGCUGCUGGGUCCUCACUGCUGCACACUGCUUUAAAAGGUACGGCAACAACACUCGCAACUACGUAGUGCGGGUUGGAGACUAUCACACGCUGGUGCUGGAGGAGUACGAGGAGGAGAUCGGAGUGCAGGAGAUCGUGGUGCACAAGGACUACAGGCCUGACAGCAGCGACUACGACAUUGCCUUGCUGAGGCUGCAGGGGCCCGAGGAACAGUGCGCGAGGUUCAGCACCCACGUUCUACCCGCCUGCCUGCCACUGAGGAGGGAGCGACCGCAGAAAACCGCUCCCAACUGUUUCAUCACGGGAUGGGGUGACACAGGACGGGCUUAUUCAAGAACACUGCAACAGGCUGCCAUCCCCUUACUUCCCAAGAGGGUGUGUGAGGAGCGCUACAAAAGGAGAUUCACAGGGAGAAUGCUCUGUGCUGGAAACGUGCAGGAACAGAAACGAGUGGACAGCUGUCAAGGAGACAGCGGUGGACCACUGAUGUGUGAACGCCCAGGGGAAAGCUGGGUUGUGUACGGUGUCACCUCCUGGGGCUACGGCUGCGGGGUCAAAGAUUCCCCAGGUGUCUACACAAAAGUUUCAUCUUUCGUACCCUGGAUUAAAAGUGUGACCAAACUAUGAAUGCCCAUAAUGAAAACCAAGUUUUGAGGCAGGACAACUUGAACAGCACACGCAGUGCACAGCUGGGGCCCACAGUGGGUGGAAACAGACAUUUGCCUGAUUCAUGUGUUUUUGUUUUCAUUAAAUCUAAGCUGUAUACACUCAAGCCUUCCAGUUAGGGAUUACUGUCCUUCCUGUUGCAGAAGUUUAAAUAUUGCAUGAACAAGCUACUAUGUAUCUAAGGGGAAAAGUGAUAGCCAGCUAGAGUUAAUACUGGAGCAGGACAGCUGGAGACUUUGCCCACAAGACUGUUGCUCCAAGCUAUUUAUGCUCCAAGCUUCUCUACAAUUAAUUACAGAUCUCAAUUAAUCUUCAGUCUAGUUUAUUUAGUCUAUUAUUCCUAUGAUUUUACGCUCAGUCCGCUAAAUCUGACUCAUGUUUCAGUAGCUUCUGAGACCAUUCAUAGCCUGAUUCUUGAUAAGCAAUUCUGAGUAUGUAUUAAAUGCAGGAAGGAAAAUAAUGGUCAAUUAUCACAUUCCCAGUUAAUUGGCUAAAUGUCUUCACAGUUUAGUGUGCCUAAAGUACAUUCCCAAGUAAAACAGGCAGUACAGUGACAGUUUCCCCACAACAUCCUGCACAACUGCAAGAGCAACAACUUAUUUACUUCACUUAGGUAGCAUUUGUCCUAUUUCUGAAAUUCAAAAUUUGGAGUAUAUACAGCAUUUUGAAGAUUCACUCUUUCUAUUUACCACUAGCUGUCAGUACAGUGUCAGACUAACAGACAUCCCUAUCCUUUCACUGCUGGGCUUUGCUCAAGCAGCGCCAAGAACCUCGGUCAAUCCUACCAGACAAAGUUAUGCAUACAAUGGAGUUGUUGAGCCGGAACUUGUCUGAAAAGGUCUAUAAAGUCUUAAACUAUGUUUUCUAAAAAGCAACA